AUGCUCCUCGAAAUCUUCCAAGAGGACUUUGUUGAGUGGGAUUCUGAUAACUUUGCCAUGGUCUACCCACCAAUUCUAAGAAGAUUCAAGACACUCCUUAUGUCAAGAGGAAUAUAUGUAGGGUGCGAGAACAACAAACGAUCGACCGUCGCACAGCAGCUGGCAGCAUUGCUUGAAAAUGAUACCCAUGACCUACCCCGGUGGCCGAAGCGCGAACUUGACCAGAUGAUUGGAUAG